AUGGCUGGAUUCGCCGACUUCGACGCCGGUCAUAGAGACCUGGUUUCGGUCACCAAAUUCAACUUUUAUGGCAAUCGCAUCGUCACAGCUUCAACUGAUCACCGCAUGAAGGUCUGGGACCAGAAAGACGGUGAAUGGCAGCUCGUAGAUACUUGGCGUGCUCAUGAUGCGGAGAUCCGUGAUGCGACCUGGAAUGGCCCUUUCACGGGCCAGCACAUUGGCAGCGUGGGUGAAGACAUGAAAUGCAAGAUAUGGCAGGAGGAUGUUACGCAACCCCCCAAUUCAGGCCGGCGUUUCAGGUCUAUCUUUCGCAUGACCGCCCCUCAGCGCCACCCAUUUGUAUCAAUCGAUUUUCGCAACAUUGAUCUGGAAUCCUGGAUGGCCGUUAUUACUCGCGAUGGCUACCUGAUGAUCAUGGAGCCUGUAAGCCCCGAUACUCUUGCGGAUUGGCAGCCGUUAGAUCAAUUUAGAGUCUGCACUGCUCCCCAGCGAGGAGAAGAGACAAGCUUCAAAGUGCAGUUUCACCAUGAUCCUUCGGACAUUACGCAUUCUGUAUUGCCCUCUUCAGAUCGCAAAAGUCUGUCGCUGGUGGUGGCCGCCAUGGACAGCGUAAAGAUCUAUCGCACUGAUGCAAGUCGACGCUUUUACCACGCCAUCGAAUUGACGGGACAUGGCGGUCUUGUGAGGGAUAUCUCUUGGGCCAAUGGGUCAGUGAGAGGAUAUGACCUCAUUGCUAGUGGCUGCAAGGAUGGCUUCAUCCGAGUGUUUGAGGUAUAUACAACGGCCUCUGGCUCCGGGUCACAGACUUCCAAUGGCAACCACGCACAUUCUUCAUCGCAGUCAUCAUCAAUUCGUGCGACUACCCAGUCAGGUAUUGGCUCUGCCCUUGCAAGCCGUGCCCCUGUAUCGAUGUCCAGUCGUGCUGCACCCGCAGAUUCUCAGUUCAAGCAUUCAUUCAAGGAAAUUGCAUGCAUUGACAGCAAACAUUUAGACGUGUGGCAAGUUGGCUUUUCAUACGCUGGUGACUGCCUCAUUUCCUCAGGCGAUGAUGGUAUUGUACGAUUCUGGAAGAAGUCCCUCUCUGGAGAAUGGCUCGAGUACGCUGAAACCGAUAUGGCUUGUCAAUAG